CAGUCGUCAUCUGUCAGCAGUGAUUGUCAGCCAUCCGUAUACGUAGAACCAGGAAAGUCGUUUGUGUGUGUGUGAGUUGUGUCUGUGAUAGCUAUAGACCCAGUGCCCAAGUGCCAAGGAUGUUGUUCCUAGCGCCGCGCAAACAUCUGUUUGCCACCAACCUGAUCAUCCUGCUGAUGAUCUAUGUGAUGCGCAAGUGUCUGCAGCUCUUUUGCAUUAUCGAGAAUCGCACCGCAACUUGCCCCAAGCCGGACUGUGAAUGCGAGCAGAAGAAGGACAAGGAGGAGCAGCUGGCGGAGGAUUCCCCACUGAUGGAGCGACGUGGCGGCUUCAAGCUCAUACCCGAUGCCAUGCACAAGAGCAUGCACGGCUUUGGCUAUGGCGAGGGUCACUACCAGAUCUUCGUGGAGAAGAAGGAGCGCAAUUUGCCCACACACUCGCGCCUCAAUGCGGCCACAGCUGAAGUUAAGCUGAAUCCCAAUUAGAGGACGAAGCUCCCUAAAGCCUGGAUCCCUAGGGAGAUCCACUGACAUCCACUUCUGACCCACAGUAUGAUGUCAGCACAAUGAGCCAAUUGUCAGCCACACAACAGAGUUCAGACAGCAAUCACCCAGCAUACAAUAUAUAAUCAUAAUCCCACCAACACACACACCUACACUCAUUCGAAUAUAUCCAAAUGUCUUCUUUGAUUAAUCAUUAAUAUAUGCACCAGUUAUAUUUCUACAUAUUUUUUAUAACCAAACAAAAGCGCACUUUUGGCCAUUAAUAAA